UACCCUUUCAAAACCACAAGGCCACCACAAACUCAUCACCGCACCAAAAGCAAAACCACACAAAUAAUCCAUCUGACUAAAUUUCUUCCAAGUGAAAAAAGAGGAGAGAUGGAGUCAAUGAAGAUGAAGCUUAUGGUGGUGUUGACGGUGGCUAUUGUGGCUUUCUCAGCCGUAGGAAAGGUGGCGGCUCAGACAGCAGAGUCUCCAGCUCCAAGUCCUACUUCCGAUGCUGCAGCGAUGUUUGUCCCAGCAUUGUUUGCAUCUGUUGCUGCUUUGGCAUCUGGGUUUCUCUUUUAAACCAAUCUCUACAUACCAUAGGGUUUGUGGCUUCUUUUGCCUUUACCUCUGUUUAUUAUUUUUUUAUCGCAUGAGUUUUUUGUUGUUGCUUCUAAUAUUUGGACUACUUUAUAUUACAUUUUUUUUAAUUUAAACUUUGGAUACUAAUGAAAUUGCAUGAGAGUGUUUCCGUUUA